UGUCCGCCUGCUGUCCGCCUGCUGUCCGCCUGCUGUCCGUCUCUUUGAUUUCUUUGUCCACCUCAACGCCAGCUCUGGUCCGUCCGUUCAUCGCCCAAGUCCAAGAUCCAAACUCGAUUGGCAACCAAGCUUUUCCCUCCAGCCCUAACUACCUACCCACCUACCCUCUUGGGCCGAGAAAACAGCUGGACUCGCAACAAACGACUGCCCCCUCGCACCAAAUCCAACCGACAAAUCCACAGAGAGAAGCUUGAGCCAGAGCAGGGCGCGAGUCAUCAUCCUGCGCACUCAACCUGCAUAAUAGCGGACGAACUGCAUAUUCAGCAGCACCCACACAAACACACCCACGCACAAAACGCACACACCAGAUGGCGAUCCGGGACACCUGGCACCGCAUGGUGCGCAAGUCCUUCUCCUCCUCAUCCUCAACAGCACGGAGCGACGACGGCGAUGACACAGCCCCGCCAGCAGCAGCCCCGCCAGCAGGCACGUCGCCCACCCCGAGCGUCCCCCUGUCCAAGACCUCGUCCCGCCUCACCGGCAACCUGUCCAAGAUGACCUCGUGGCGCUCCCACGCCUCCCACAACCGCCACGGCGGCAGCAGCGGCGCCAAGGACCACGGCGGCAGCGGCAGCGGCGACUCGGGGGGCGGGGCCAGCAGGAAGGCCUCGCCCAAGCGGGACUCCCCGCCCAAGUCCAUCCUCAAGCGGUCGGGCGGCAACGGGGGAGGCGGCGGCGGCGGCGGCGGGCCGUUCGGGUCUGCCUUCCCCAAGCGCGUGCACCCCAGCGAGCGGCCCCUCACCGAGCAGAACCUGCGCCACCAGGAGAUGCUGGGCACCUUCACCAUGAAGUUUGGCCGCAGCCGCCGCUUCAGCCGCGGCGGCCGCAGCAGCUUCUCUGGCAUCAGCCCCCGGUGCAGCAUCGACUCCUCCGCCGGCACCGGCGCUGGCGUGGGCGGCUGGGGCGCUGACGACGACGACGACCUUGUUGGCGGCGGCGGCAUGCACCACAGGCGGAUGAGUUCCGCUGCCGUGGCGCCCGACGAGGCGCGCAUUGCCGAGGAGAGCUCAUGAUCGCGGGCUUGGUUUUUUUGGUUUUUUCUUGUUCAUUUUUUGGCUUUUGGGGGAGGACGUUGGGGGAUGGGUGGGUCGGGGUGAGAUGGAUGGCGUCGUGAUCAGGUUUUGAUGGAUCCAAUGUUUCGGUCUUUUUGUGGGUUUCAGGAUUUUUAUCAACAUCCCCUUGCAUCGGGGAGGUGGCGUUUUCGGUAUCUUGCAUGGACGGCUGAGCUGGGUUGGGCACGGGGGCGGGAGCACACACCAAGCGCUGGAUGGCUGCCCUUGGGAUGGGCGUGGUUUUGCGGUUUGGGAUACAUUUCAUGUCUUACAUGUGAGGCUUAUUUGGGACCAGAAAAAGAUCCGCUUAGUUGGGAAGGUUUACGAAGGUUUACGUGCGAGGGAUCGGUUUGGUUGAUCUCCAUAGAAAGAUGCGACCUAAUAUUGUGCCUGGCAGGUCUAUACAAGGAAAGUUAGAACCCUACCAAACACGCUGCAAUGUUCGUCAGAAUACGAAUUGCAAGUCUUGGAUUGCUACAUCAAAAAGACAAUAGAAAAGCUAAUUACACCAA